AUGGAGACCCUCAACAUGACAGAAGUGUCUGAGUUCUUUCUCAAAGGAUUUUCUGCCUACCCUGUCCUAGAGCGCCUGCUCUUCCUGUUUUGUUCAACUGUGUACCUGGUGACCCUGCUGGGAAACACAGCCAUCGUGGUAGUGAGUGUGCUGGACGUCCGCCUGCACACGCCAAUGUACUUCUUCUUGAGCAACCUCUCCAUCCUGGACAUCUGUUACACAUCCUCAUUUGCACCCUUGAUGCUGGUCCACUUCCUGUCGACCCAGAAGACCAUCUCCUUCAUUGGCUGUGCUGUCCAGAUGUGUGUGGGCUUGUCCACGGGCUCCACGGAGUGCCUGUUGCUUGCCAUCAUGGCCUACGAUCGCUACCUGGCCAUUUGUUGGCCACUCCAGUACCCCAUGCUCAUGAACCACCGAUUAUGUGUGUUGCUGGUGGGAACCCCUUGGGCCUUCUCGUUCCUCAUAUCACUCACUGAGACGGUCAUUGCCAUGAAGCUGCCCUUCUGUGGCUGCCAUGUGGUCAGUCACUUCGCUUGCGAAAUCCUGGCAGUGCUGAAGCUGGCAUGUGGAGACACAUCGGUCAGUGAGGCCUUCUUGCUGGCAGGUAGCAUUCUGUUGCUGCCCAUGCCCCUGACACUCAUCUGCUUCUCCUAUGCUCUAAUUCUGGUCUCUAUUCUGAGGGUACCCUCAGCUGCAGGGCGCCGCAAAGCCUUGUCCACCUGCUCAGCACACCUGACUGUGGUGGUACUCUUCUAUGGUGCUGUCAUCUACAUGUACAUGAAGCCCAAGAACAAGGAGGCCCAUGUUGCUGAUGAGGUUUUCACGGUCCUCUACGCUGUGGUUACCCCCAUGCUGAACCCUGUCAUCUACAGCCUGAGGAACAAGGAAGUGAAGGAGGCUGCCAAGAAGUUGUGGAAUAGGAAGUGGACCUCCAGCAGAAACCUCCAGUGUCUCCUUCCUGGCACCCAGACCUCACAUGGCUUUGAUGAGACGUGCUUGGCCCUGCUCCCCUCACCCUCAGGGGUCCUGCCAUACCUGCCCCUCCUGCUGCUCACCUUCCUUCCAGCUUUCUGA